AUGGCUGUUCGAUGUUCUGCUUGUGGUCAAUGGAUCAAGACGACUGGUGGGACUCAUAGCUGUCCCGGCAGUAGCAAGACCAAAGAGGAACUGCUUGAUAUGCCCAAACAUGUUAAGGUCAAAACACGUCUCGAUCAUGACAACGAAUGCUACGAAAUGUCCCUCCCUUCUAUUACCUCUAUCUGA